AAUUUUCCGGAGAGGACAUGGCGCAACCAACACGUGCAAUUAUCGAUGUUUUACUGUAGUUAUUCAGCCUCCAGGUCUGAAAAGGCAUUAACAUACAGCUGAACAACAGAAUCUCAGCAACAACAUGACAGCCAAUCAAUUUGAGGACGUCAUAGAACAGUUAGGAGGCUUCGGGCCUUAUCAAAGAAGGAUAUUUUUGUUGGUCAGUUUGUUUGAGACUCCGGCAGCAUGGGCAAUGUUACUGCCUGUAUUCACAGGAGCAACACCCACAUGGUCAUGUCCUUUGAUGAUGAACUACACAUAUACAAAUCAUGACAAUGAAAACGUCACAGGUGAUCACCAUGGUAACAGGACAGUUGAUCACCAUGGUAACUAUAGUAGUGGGAACAUGACAUAUGCAGAAACAGGGGCAUGUAGCUCAGAUGGAAGUAUUUGUCAAUCAGUGCAGUAUUCCAAAGAUUAUACAUCAGUGGUAUCAGAAUGGGGUCUGAUAUGUAACCAAGACUACGUAAGUGAUCUCAUCACAACAGUUCAGAUGGUAGGUGUACUCGUUGGUGCAUGUAUUACUGGACAACUUGCUGACACAUUCGGGAGGCGGAAAAUAUUCUACAUCAUAUAUGCAUUAUUACUAGGCGUUGGAUUUGCAUCUUCAUUUGCCAACUCAUGGCAGCUUUAUGCUGCAUGCAGGUUCUUCGUAGGCGGUCUUAUCGGAGGAACUAUGGUGGUAAACUUUGUUCUCCCCAUGGAGUUUAUCAGCCCAAGAUGGCGGACAUUCUGUGGCUGUGUAGGAUUCUGGGCUGUCGGGGUUAUGACCUUGCCAAUUUUUGCAUAUUUUAUCAGAGACUGGCGCCAUCUCUCAAUGGCCACCUCUGCCUGUGGAUCUCUACUCCUUUUAACAUGGUGGUUUGUACCAGAGAGUGCCAGAUGGCUGAUCCAGAAAGGACGACUAGAGGAGGCUAGGCAGAUCAUACGCCACAUAGCUAAAUAUAACAAUAAACCUGUACCAGAUUUAACAUUCCUUGAACAAUAUGUGGAGGAGAAAGAGAAGAAACAGACAAGGGAGGAGUACAGUUAUAUAGAUUUGUUUAGGAGUCCUACCACGACAAAAUGCACGCUCAUUAUUUGUUAUGCAUGGUUUGUGUGCAGCUCAACAUACUAUGGGCUGUCAUUAAAUGUGAAAAAUCUCUCAGGAAGUCGUUAUCUGAAUUUUUUCAUAUCUGGUCUUGUUGAGAUACCAGCUCUACUUCUAGUCUUAGCAAUAAAUAACAGAAUUGGAAGAAGGAAAACAAUAUUUAUACUACUGUCAAUAGGAGGCCUAAGUUGCUUCGUUAUCUUAUUUAUUGAUUUAGCAGGUAAACUGGAAGAAUUGAGUGUUCUUGUGACUGUCCUGGCCAUGCUUGGCAAAUCUGGGAUUUCUGGAGCUUGGGCAGCUUCACAAAUUAUUGCAGCUGAAUUAUUCCCCACAUUGAUAAGGAACAUUGGAGUUGGUGCCUGUUCAAUGUCUGCUAGAGUUGGGGGUAUAGUGGCUCCACAGAUAGUCUUUCUAACCAAAUUUGGAGAACCCAUUCCUUUUAUAUUGUUUGGCAGCUUUGCUCUUGUGUGUGCAGUUUUGAUUUGUCUGCUCCCGGAGACCCUUAAUAAGCCACUGGAGGACAUUGUACAAGAUUGGUCGUGGCGGAAAUCCACAAGAUCUCAGAAUGGCCAUGUGAAAGCCAAUGGAACAUUACCAGAUCGUAUGGACACACAAAUGGAUGAAAUUAUUGUAAAAGAUGGCUUAGUUGUAAUUGAUGGCACCACUCAAGAAAGACGGAAAUUGAUUCAUGGAAAUGUAAAUGUGGAAAACGAGGAACAUAAGGCGGAAACCACAGCUUUGUGAAGAGUGAUUCAAUGAAUUAUUAUGAGCCUCAACACAGGAAAA